CGGGCGCAGGGACGAGCGGAGCCGAGCGGAGCCAUGGGGACCCCCUGGAGGCGCUGCGGGGGCUUGUACGGCUUCCUCUUCGAGUACGACACCCCCCGGAUCGUGUCCAUCAAGAGCCGCAAAGUGGGCCUCAUGAACCGGGUGGUCCAGCUGGCGAUUCUGGCCUACGUCAUCGGUUGGGUGUUUGUGUGGGAAAAAGGCUAUCAAGAAACCGAUUCGGUAGUCAGCUCAGUAACCACCAAGGUGAAAGGUGUCACGCUGACCAACACUUCUGACUUGGGGCCCCGACUUUGGGAUGUAGCUGACUAUGUGAUUCCAUCUCAGGCUGAGAACUCUGUGUUCAUCAUGACAAACUUGAUCAUCACGCUGAAUCAGACCCAGGGGGUUUGUCCAGAGCUCCCAGAUAAGACCACCAUGUGUCAGUCAGAUGCAGACUGCAAAAAAGGCUACAUUGGAACUCACAGCAGUGGUGUUCAGACCGGAAGGUGUAGUGUAUACAAUAGUACAAAUCCCUCCAUCAAAACUUGCGAGGUCUUUGCUUGGUGUCCAGUGGAGAAUGAUGAGAAUGUACCCAGGCCAGCUUUCUUGCGGGAUGCUGAGAACUUUACCAUUCUUGUGAAGAACAACAUCUGGUACCCAAAGUUCAACUUUACAAAGAGAAACAUUCUCCCCACCAUCAGUCAAACAUACCUCAAGAACUGCAAAUACAAUGCCAAGACGGACCCCUUUUGCCCAAUUUUCCGCCUCCGUGACAUGGUGGAAGCUGCCGCGCAGAACUUCCAAGAGAUGGCGGUUGAGGGUGGCGUGAUGGGAUUGCAGAUCCGGUGGGACUGUGAUUUAGACAAGCCUGCUUCUCGCUGUGUGCCAAAGUACUCCUUUCGGCGUAUUGACAACAAGGAUUCUGCCCACACAGUUUCUCCAGGAUACAACUUCAGGUUUGCAAAAUACUACCAGACUGCUCCCAACAAAGACUAUCGGACACUCAUCAAGGCCUACGGCAUUCGCUUUGACAUUAUGGUGUUCGGCGAGGCUGGAAAAUUUGAUAUCAUCCCUACUAUGAUCAAUAUUGGAUCCGGCUUGGCCCUGUUUGGUGUGGCCACUGUCCUGUGUGAUAUCAUUGUCCUGUAUUUUAUGAAGAAAAGAUACUAUUACAGAGAAAAGAAAUACAAGUAUGUAGAAGACUAUGAACUGGGAGCAAAUGAAUCUUACGGAUCCCAGGCAGAAGUUCAGGACUGCUGCACAGUGCGAUGAUCCUUCCCAGACCGUGCCACAACAGGUCCUGCUCAUUUCACCCAGCCAAAGGACGCCUUUCACCGCCGAGUGGCCUGGGUUUCCUGCUUGGAAAGGAGCAGAUCUGUGGUUUCUCGAUCCUCUUGGGCUCUGUCCUGCUUUGCCUCUGUUGGCAGCACCCUGGAUCAACCUAGAGAUUCUCCUGAGGAAAGCGAGCGUGGAAAUCCUCCACGCUUUCUGGGUGUAGGAUCUGCCAAGCCUUGAGCAGUCAGAUCAUUCUGAAUCAGAUCUUCUAUGUGCCCUUUCCCACCAUUCAGUUCAUGGACAGAUGCCAUGGAGGGAGAGACGGAGGGGUGGGGUGGGACUGAAAUAUUCCUUGGAUAUUUCUAGAAUUGCCAAUUUCUGGUGUGCUUCCCUUUUCACACACUACAUCCCUCUUCGUUUUGAGAGGCUGGAAAGUUUUGCCUCCUACUCACUCGCUUCGAUACUUCCAUAGGCUUCCUUCUAAAAGCUUCCACUGGAUGCAAUUUGUAGGCAUCCCCUCUAUUGCUGAAACUAAUCAAACCAGUAAGAACAAACAGAUCUUGAGAAUUCUCUCUCAACUACAAUUCCCAGCCUUUGGAGUGGUUGGGGAAAUCCCGUGACAUUAAAUAAAUGCAACAUGCAGGCAUGUUCCUCCCUGUCCCCAAUCCAGCUUCUACUAGUAAGUUCCCACUGCCCUGUUUACAUCCAUUAAACUUUAAUUUAUAAACGAAAAGAUAAUGACAUUUUCCCUCUUAUAGGAGACAGAUGUAAUGCAACGACAGUGAGAAUAAUCUACUUUGCAGGAGAAAAUAAAGGCACUGGGAAAUAA